ACUACAUACCUAUCUCGCAGUCAAUGCAAUUUACUGUAUUUAAGUCCAUCCUAAUCACAUAGAUGGUUACUUGUAGCCCCUUUGUACGUAUCUUCAUGGCUUUCUUCUAGCCUCAACAUGGAGAACCUAUCGCUUUACACUGGUUCAGCUCUCCUCCUGGGGGCUGUCGUGAUCUAUGAAAUCCUCAUCGAUCUAUCGACCCGGAAAGUCGACCCUAGAGAACCUCCCGUCCUUCGCUCGAAUAUUCCCUGGAUUGGCCAUAUCUUGGGCAUGAUCAUUCAUGGCGGACGUUACACUAAAACCGUCGGGACACGCCGCAAACUCCCUAUAUUCACGCUUCCCACGUUGAAUUCCAGGACGUAUGUGGUCACUGAUGCAGCGCUAGCAGCGACGGUACAACGAUCGAAAUCGCUUUCAUUCACGCCUUUGAUCCCUAUCCUUACGCAGAGGGUCCUGGGGUUGGAUGACGAUACGGUCAAGAUCAUCAGAAAGAACAUUAACCGCGAAGACGGCCCUGGUGGCUUCGUUCCUGAGAUGCAUGACCUAGUAUAUUCCUCUUUGGCCCUAGGGGAGAGCUUGAACGAGCUGAGUUUGAGCGCAUCGGCCCAACUUGCAACGGAGCUCACCCAGCACCUCCAGGAAUCUGCGAAGAGCACGGAUGGUAUGGUGGUCGACUUAUUGCACUGGGUGCAGCAAGUCGUGACCUAUUCGACGGCCCACUUCGUCUAUGGAAAAGAGAAUCCAAUCGCGGUAGAUCCCACACUCGUCCAAAGUUUCUGGGACUUCGACCACAACUUGGGAGGCUUGCUCGUCAACCUCAUGCCUUCGAUUACGGCUCGUAAGGCGUAUCGUGGACGGGAGAGGCUCGCAAAAGCAUUUGAAGAGUAUCUUGCCAACGGCCAUCAUCUUUCCGGGGCGAAGAUUAUCCAGAAGCGCAUACAGAUUGCGUCUCUAGCUGGCUGGACCUUGCCUCAGAUUGCCCGAUCGGAGCUAUCAUUCUUCUUUGCAGCAGUGGUCAACACCGCCAUUACCAGCUUCUGGGUCAUUCUCCAUAUUUAUGCUCGUCCCGAAAUGCUCCGUGAGAUCCGAGAGGGGAUCAUGGGAAAUGCCGUGACGGGACAAAACAUCAGUAUCGAGCGGUUACGAAACAACUUUCCGCUCCUCCUCGCUGUGUACCGGGAAGCCUUACGUUUGGGCUCGGACAACUUUUCUACCCGUCUAGUCUUGCAAGACACCAUCCUUGCAGACCGAUAUUUUCUUCAAUCUGGGUCAAUCGUGCAGAUAUCCGCUGGUAUCAUGCAUGGCGCGAAGGACAUCUGGGGUGACGAUGCUGACCAAUUUAAUCCAUCCCGAUUUCUGGACUCCUCUAAUGGAACCCUUUCAGCCACGACGUCGGAAAAACCGACUUCAAAAACCGGAGCCUCGACACCAAUACCAAAAAUCCAUCCAGCGGCAUUUCGAGCAUUCGGUGGAGGCGCCACACUCUGCCCCGGCAGGCACUUUGCAACCAACGAGAUUCUCAGCUUUGUCGCUCUCGUAAUCCUCCAGUUCGACAUAUCCAGGUGUGGAUCUGCUUCUGAGCCCCUUGCUAUUCCACCAAAGAAGGACAAUGUAUUGCCCGUCCACAUCCUUGAGCCUGCAAAAGACGUUCGAGCAAGGAUCAAACCGCGACAACUCAUCGGACCACGGUUCAAAGUAGUCUUGUGAUGUUGUUGGAUACACUGUGGUUCCCAAAACUCUGGAAUGUCUUUCGACGCCCACGACGACCAUCCAUUCCGUUCCUGCCUGAAUUUAUCAGCCUGGGUGUAGUGGAGAAUCGAACGAUACAUUGCCUAUUUUGGCUAUUGUUGAUCUUGACAAUGGUCACUUGGUUGAAUAAGACUGAAUGAGCACUGAUAUUGUUGACUUGGCUAUGCCUGCGAUGGAGGUAAUUGGAGUAAGUGAGAAUAUGGGAGUCAUUCUCUUUUAUUCCGAAGAUGAACUCAAAUCCAGCAAAUUUGGAAGUCAUGUUAUUGAUACUCGGACCUUACGUGU